CUUCUCUCAGGGAGAAGGGUUGGUGUAUGAAGCUGGGUAUUGGGGUGUCCCCUGUCUAGUGGCACAAUGUGGUGGCGCAGAAGGCUUUGGUUACUCCUCACUGUUGUAUUUCUGCUGAGAGAUGCAGAGGGGCUUGGUGUGUGGAACAAAAGAUCUGCACCACACUGGUAUGGUGUAGCGACAUCAGCUUCUGUGGCUCAGCCCCAAGAAGUCGACUACCUACCUUAUCUGACCAAGAUGGAGGGCUCUCCUUCCAGUGUUGCAUCCAAGCAAAGUAGCUCUGUGUUUCCUCGGCAAGGCCCGGAACCCGGUCAGACUCCGGGUGGAUGGUCAAGGAGUGCUUCCAGAAGUCAAAUGGAUUCAAGUGCUCAGACUGCAAGUGGCUCUGCUGGGUAUUACCAGUCUGUGUUCCAAGGUGGCCAGCAACUUCCUAGACUUGUAACCCAACCCCAACUGCAGGACUCUUCUGGUAGUGGUGAAACUCAGUUUCAGGGGCAGAGUGCUAAUCGUGCCCUUGGCACCCCCCAGACUUCCAGUAGCCUUUUUCAACAAGGUGUCUGGCAUCAGGGGUCUGCUGGCAGCUUGGACUCUGUAUCCAGUGCUCAAGGUUUCCCGAGUCAGUAUACUGGUUCAAGGACGCACGCUGUGUCUGUUCAAUCUGCUCCCACCCAUCAGGGAGACUACAGGGCCCCAUCCUCAGGCCACCCAACAUACCAUCCUUCGAAGAAGCUCCAACCUCCUCAUGUUCCCUUCCCUCAAUCUCAAAGCUACACACAGCUGAAAUCCAGACUCUUUUCUUUGGCUAGCCACAGCGCCAGCGGGAGUUCAGGUGUAACCACUACUGGCCGACAGCCGGUCAAGGAUGCGCAACAACGUGGGGCCGUUCCUUCUCGGGUUUCGAGUAGAUGGCAGACGUGGAGACGGCAGACUGGCAGUGAUGUUCCACAAAAAAGCAGUUACUAUGCGUUUCUGCCAGCCCAGAGUGCAAGUUCUGGCUUGGGCUCCACCAGCCAACAGGGAGCUGGUUAUGCUACACAAAAAAGCAGCAGUUAUUAUGGACUUGGGCCUGUGCAGGGUGCAAGCAUGUGGCAGUCCUCUAGCCAGCAGUCUGGCAGACAUGCUCCACAAACGAGCACCUACUAUGGACCUUUUGUAUUCCAUGGGUGCAGGCACAUGGCAGCCAUCUAGCCCUGACCAGCCUUCAGUACAGACUGCCCAGACCCAGCUGGAGGGUUCGAGUGUGAGUUCUUGUGUGACCUCAACUAGCGGACAGCCAGUCAAAGAUGAAGCACACGGAAGCUCUCAUGGGACUGUUCCUUCUCGGGUUGCAAGUAGAUGGCAGACAUCAAGCCAACAAUUUGCAUCCCAGACUGGCCAGUCCCAGAUGCAAGGCUCCAGUGUGAGUUCGAAUGUCUUUACUAGCCAACAGUCUGCCAGUGGUGCUGCACAACAAGGCAGCCCCCAUGGGUCCCCCCCCAUUGUCCGGUUGGGAGCACAGGGCAGACAUUGAGCCAGCAGACUGCAUUGCACACUGAUCAGUCCCAGAAGGGGGUCCCAAAUCCUCCCCAAACUGGAUCCCACAUUGUAACCUUCAACCAAUACAACCCAGCAAGUCAGACCCCAUCCAGCAUGUAUGGGUUGUCCAAAGGGCAUCUUGGCACUUGCUCUAGUGGCUGGGGACAGAAUGCUGUGAUGCAGGCAGGUGUAAGCCAACCAGCAUCUGCUGUGGAUUUUAAUGUGGACCAGCAAUCCUCUGACGUGCACUUAUCCUACACUGGUUCCCCAUCAAGUGUGUCCAGUGGUUCAACCAGCUACAGCUUCACUCAGGACUUGCCUGGUCACUCCUACUACCAUCACAGUAAACCCCAAUUGCUUCCUACCCAGUUCAGUGGGAUGGUCAAGCACUAGGGCUCAGGCUAAUGCUGUUCAGCAAAAAUGAUGCUGAACCUGUUCUUGGUUCUUUUCAAAAUAAUCCUGCUUUCUUAAAUAAAAUGUG